UCUUGGUUCCGUCUUGGCUGUGGCUGGUGCUCAACUGAAUCAAGCGCGAGUCCUUGUAGCAAACACAGAAAAAAAAUAUAUAUAGAAAAGUAAAGAAGGCGUAGGAGUGACGCCAUGUUGUGAAAAGUGUCUACCAUUUUAUUAUUUGCCAACAACAAAUAAAGCACACACAUACGUAGAUAAGAAGACGCAGUGCAACACACUGAAUGCUUUGAGGAAAAUACAAUUUGAAAGGACAUCCAGAAAAACAGUGCAAUUUUUCCACAUUCUCAAACGAAAGAGACGUCCGUGUCAAAGCGAGGAGCCGUAAGCUGCCAUUGAUUUGUUUGUUGCAACAGAGGCAGUUGUAAGGCAGCUGUUGCCAUGGCCGGCCAAUUUGUCGAUGCCGGGGCCAUCCUGGGACUGUUGCUGCUUGGCAUUGUUCUGGCCACGCCCCAACGCGCCGCCUACUCACUGCAGGCGGCCGUCGAUGAGCUGCAUCGCCGCGAGGCUGCCAAGUUUCCAUUGAACGCACCGCCCCCAUCUGGACAGCUGGACGACUGGGAUGAAGACUCGGCUCCAUCUGUCUUCCGUGAACGUGAGAAUCUGAACGGAGAUGCCACGCACAGCGAGCUAACGGAACAAUUUCUGCGCGAGAUCGAGGAGGCCAGCGAGCACGAGCGGCAGGAGCGUUACAAGCUGGCGCUGCGUCAGCUCUGGGAGAAGUAUCAGCAGCAGGAGAACGAGAUCCACAACAACAACAACAACAACAACAAUGGAGAGGCCGAUGAGCUGGAUGAUGCGCCGCAGCAGCAGUCGCAGCUGUUCGAGCAAAAGAAACGCAUGCGCAUGCCGCCCUACUAUCUGCUGAUGCAAAAGAAACGCUCGUAUCCGGUGCUGCCCUGGCUGCCGUACAACGCCGACAAGAAGAAGCGUUUUCCGGUGGCCAAACGUGCGGCGGGUGAGUCGCCGCUGGCCAAGACGGACGAGCGUGUCGCCCAGGAGCUGAGCGAGCUGUUCGGCAAGCCGUUGAAUGACCAGCAGCCGGAGGAGAAGAAGAAACGUUCCACGGAGGAGCAACUGAAGGCAGCCUCGACCACACACCAACCGGAGACAGCGGCGGCCACGGCCACCGCUUUGGGUGACAUGCGCCUGGAGAUCAAUUUCCAGCGCGUCAACGUGAGCACUGCUGCCGCGCCAAAGGAGACGCCGACACAGGCGCCAUCAAAGCCCACUGGCACUGGGGAGUCGAUCUCACACGGACACGCGGGCUACCAUCACAAGCGUAGUGAGCACCACUCGGACGAGGAGUAUGGCGAGCAUGAGGGCGAGGGCGAGGGCGAGGGCGAGGAGAGCUCCGACGAGGAGGACCACGAUGAGUUCGACGACGACGAGGAUGCCGAUGCCGAGGGCGAGGGCGAAGGCGACGCAGGCGAGCGACGGCGCAAGAAGAAGCGUGCCGCUAGCCAUGCGCACGGCUCGCCGAGUGUGGGACACCUGAUGCUGCGCGCCAAGAAGUCCAUUGAUUGGUCGCAGUACUUUGGCCUCGAUCGCAAGAAGAAGUCCGAGCAGUUGGCAGAUGUCGAGUCCAAGAAACGCAGCGGGGAGAGCAACAGCAGCGGCGGCGGCAGCAACAGCAACAACGAGGAGCUGGAUGAGCUGGAGCAGAAGAAGAAGAAGAAGCGCGACAUUGAUCCCGAGAAGCUGGAGAGCAUGGACAAGAAGUUGCAGUCCAUUGAGGAUUUCAUUAUCGACGAGACCAUCAAAUAUACGGGCGCACACGAGGGCAUCAAGAACCAGGAGGAGAUCCGCAAGCUGAAGGAGCAUGUGCUCUCGCGCCUGGCCACCGCCUACAGCCUGGAGAAGAUGCGCCGUGCGCUGGACAAGUUGCGUCAAUCUGUGGACGCUGAAAAUCAUCUGCUGCGCAAUGUCAUCGAGCCGGACUCCGAGGAGAACUCCCUGGACAGCCAGUGGCCAAUGAAGAAGCGCUACAGCGUCAAGAAGGAGCAGGCCGAACAGCAGGCAGAGGAUGCACAGCAGCUGAAGAAGAAGCGCAGCGGCUAUAUGCGCUACCCAGAUCCGCCAAACACCAUGGACGAGCCGUUGGGCGUCCAGAGCACCGGCUACGAGACACUCAAUGAUGCCUACCUGGGCAACAAGAAUUACGUCAUUGGCUCCAAUCAGUGCCCCAUCAUUGAGUCCAUGGCCGAGCGUUGUCGCAGCGUUGAUCUCAUCUCGGGCGACUUGAAUCAGGAGUUGAUGCCGCUCUGCGGAGUGCAUCAGAUUUGUUAUCUUUGUGGCGCCUCGCAGGUGGCUUGCGACUAUCAGUACCUGGCCGAGGCGGACACCAUUUGUGGCAGCAGCAACGAGUGCCAGGCCUCGGCUCGCUCCGUCUUGAUGAUACUGCGCGGCACGCCCGGCCGACAGCUGGGACCGCGCGAGUGUUUGAAGAAUCCUUGCCUAUACCGGGCCAUGCGUGAAAUUGGGCUCUAAGCGAGCGGCAAUAAAUGAAGCCAAAGUAUUAAAACAAAAUGAAAAAACAAGGAAACAAACUUACAAACAUUUCUUAACGUCCUUUUGUGCGUUUCAAAAAAAUACAACAAACAAAUACUAAAAUGAUGUUAAAACCAACAAAGAAACUUUGCUGAACUAGCAAAUCAAAAGUUAUUUGAUUCAAAAAACAAAAAAACAAAAAAAAAAAAAAAAACAAAUUUUAAAAAUCAAAAUAAUAUUCUAUAUAAAUGUAUUAAAUAGGUGGCUAAAAAUAUUUGGAUACAUUUUGCUGUUGUCCUCCAAUAUGGCAGCAGCUCAACUAGAGACCUAAAACCAAAAACACAAAAA